AUGUUACGGUGGUACCAGGCCAAGCUCGCAAAGCAGCCCAUUCUCACAGCCAGUGUUACCAGCGCUGUGCUUUUCGGCGCUGGUGAUACUCUAGCACAGCAGGCGGUCGAUCGCAGGGGGCUUGAAAAGCAUGAUUUCGCUCGAACAGGGCGCAUGGCUCUCUACGGUGGUGCUGUCUUCGGACCGGCCGCCACGCUUUGGUUUGGUUUCUUGCAGCGCCACGUCGUUCUGAAGAAUUCCCCCAAAGCCACAAUCCUGGCCCGUGUGGCUGUUGACCAAGGGCUUUUUACACCGGUCCAUCUCACUUGCUUCUUGUCUUCGAUGGCCAUCAUGGAAGGCACAGAUCCUGUCGCGAAGUGGAAGCAGAGCUUCUUUCCAAGCUACAAGGCCAACUUAUCGAUCUGGCCUUUUGUCCAGGGAGUCAACUUUGCUUUUGUGCCCCUAGAAAUGCGUGUGCUUGUGGUGAAUGUCAUCAGCUUGGGUUGGAAUUGCCUUCUGAGCGUGAUCAACAGCGGCGAUAAAGUCUGA